AUGUUCGGCACGCUCAAGAAAGCGCUCUCACGAAGAGGGUCAAAUCCACUUAGCUCCUCUAAGUCCGCAAAUCUAUCGCCGACUUCUCCAAGCGGCCAUCUUGCCACCCCGCGCAGCAACAAUCCCUUCAGUUCAAGAUCUCCAGCUACUCGUCGACCAAAUAGCAGCACGCCACUAAACGAACCCCCACCUGCCUAUACAGCAGGCCCUGCUGCGCCGGCCAACCGUGAACCUCCAGUGACUUCCACAGUCGAUGACCCAUUCCAUUUUCUCAGAACCUUCAACACCAUCUUCCUUAUCGAUGACUCCGGUUCUAUGGCCGGCCGUUCGUGGCGAGAGACAGGCAAGGCUCUGGAGCUCAUCACCCCAAUCUGCACCCAGCGCGACGCUGAUGGUAUUGACAUCUACUUCCUGAAUCACCCUGAUUCGGAUUACUAUAAAAAUGUCACGCUUCCGGGAACUGUGGUCGAGAUCUUCCAAAAUGUUCGACCCAGCGGCUCAACCCCAACUGGCCAGCGUCUCUACCAGAUCCUUCGUCCAUAUCUUAACGAGUAUGAAAAAGCUCGAGAGAACGAGAAGCCAAAACCCCUCAACAUUAUUGUUAUCACUGAUGGUGAGCCGUCCGACGAUGUCGAGAGUCCCAUCAUCGAGGCUGCCGAGGAGCUUGAUCAGUGGAAGGCACCAGCCUGGCAGGUCGGCAUCCAAUUCUUUCAAGUAGGCAAGGAGCCUGGUGCGCGUGAGCAUCUCAAGCUACUCGAUGACAAACUCCGAGAGUUUUCUGGCAAUCCCAAGCUCAGGGAUAUUGUAGACACGGUACCAUUCACCGGCAACGAUCAUGAGGAGCUCACUGCCGCCGGAAUACUUAAGGCUGUGCUGGGUGCGGUAACCAGACGUCUAGACAGGAGAUCGAAGGAGCUGCAUCGGGCAAAAGAUUAUUCUUCUUCUUACGAGUAG